UUGGUGGGGCGGAGCUAGUGCAGCCACCUGGCCUUCUCACAUGACAGCAGCUGGCCAAGGGGCUGGUGGCUGCUGAAGGAGGAGCAGCCUUUGCUCUGCCCCGCUAGGCGGAAGCAGGGUUAGGUCUUUACCUCCAUCAGCCCUAGUAGUAAGCAGAGGAAACAACCAUUACGGAGUGUGGGGAAGACUUUUCCCCCCAACCUGUGUGAUGAGUGUGGCAGGACUUAGCUGUUCCUCCAGUACAACUGCAUGAAGGUUGAAAUGCCAGGAAACCUUCUGGGGUUUGGCUGUUGAUUUAUUUUAUGUUAUUCUCUUUCAUCCUGUGGAUAAUCCUUCUUUGGGACUAGUCAUUUUUUAACUUGCUUUCACUGCAAGCCAACCAGAGGGGUGUGCGUCUGCAAGAGGGAGCAGAAGUUAUUAAGAAGCUAAUUCUGUCUCUCUGAGCGGUACAGAGAAGGCCGUGUCUGCAGGAGGAAGCAGAAAGUUAUGUACUGUAGCUAGGUAAUGGUAUGCCCUUCUUUCUAAGUGAGGGGCAUUCUGUAUAAAACACUGUAUUUGCAGGGAAGAGCAGAAAGUUGUACAGAAACUAGACCACUCUGUCUGCGUGUGUUGUGUAGAGCAGAUCAUGUCUGUGAGAGGGGAAAUAAGUAUUUACAAACUUUGGCUAGCACAUGUGUGUCCACUUCUGUGAGUUUUCCACAGGAGAAAAUGGUUCUUGGCUCCCUCACCCACAUGAGUUACAUGUGCUCAGAUUAGACUAAAGAUGCUUGAAUAAUAAAGAGAGGGUGGUUGUCUUUAGUUGGUAUAAAAAUGGGGCACAAUGACCAUAUGUUUAAAGUUCUGAUUGUUGGAGAUGCUACGGUUGGGAAGACGUCGCUGGUGCAGCGAUAUGCCAACGACAGCUUCAACAAGCACUACAAAUCCACCGUGGGAGUGGAUUUUGCUCUGAAGGUGGUACAGUGGUCAGAAUCCGAGACUGUGCGACUUCAGCUAUGGGACAUCGCAGGGCAGGAACGCUUCACAUCCAUGACCCGGCUGUACUAUAGAGAGGCAUCAGCCUGCGUUAUAAUGUUUGAUGUCACUAACUUCAGCUCAUUUGGCAACAGCCGGAAGUGGAAGCUGGAUUUGGACAGCAAGCUCACGCUGCCAGAUGGAAGCCCGGUGCCCUGCUUGCUGCUAGCUAAUAAGUGCGACCUUUCCCCAUGGGCAGUGGCCAGGGAAGAGAUUGAUCGGUUCAGCAAAGAGAACGGUUUCUCUGGCUGGACUGAAACAUCUGUCAAGGAAAACAAGAAUAUUAAUGAGUCUAUGAGAGUCCUUAUUGAAAAGAUGAUGUCGUCGUCCAUGGGUGAUGGAGACCUCUCUGUUCCUGGCCGCGGAGAUUAUAUUAACAUAAAAGAUGCUUCCCAACCUGGCUGGGGAUGCUGUUAGCUAUGCUCACUUCUCCAUCUGCAUCAGAGCAAAAGGGAAUGUCUUUUUCACUGAUACUGGCUUUAUUAAGUGGUGAAGAAUUAUCUCCUGUUCAGCACACACUGGCUCUCAGUAAAGCAUUGCAGUUAAUGACCGUAGGAGAAUUCCUCUUUAUUCCAGCACAGUAGCCACCUAAAGCUCUCUGCUGCUCCUAUCGUUUGCUUGUGUCUCCUGAUUCCUGACAUGGCGUUACAGUAACUCCUCAUUAUUUCAAACUCUGGAUCUGUGUAUGACUAAUGUAUCUGUUGUGGAAAUGCCCAGGACUCUGUCAGCUAUGGCAAUCACCCUUGGGUUGAAAGAGGACACUUUCGGGUCGCCAAAAUAUCUACUGGGGUGUUGCCUGAUCUGCAAAAUGGAUUGGUGUGAAUUUGGGAGAUUCUAUAGCACAGCUUUCAUGUGUGUACAUUGACUGCAGUGCUUAGUUUGUCCCUGCCUUCUACUCUGUCUCAAGAAUUGCCCAGUUGCCUUUUGCCAGUUAUCCCUUUUUGUACCUCUACCCCAUACAUAUAACUCUUCUGAUGCCACUUUAUUAGGGCAUCCAGCAGUGAAUGAGAAAAAGGUUGUAAACCCCCUUGUGUUGUAGAACAACAGUACUCUUUGCUUUUAUAGCACCUUCCAUUCUGUGAUCUCCAGUAGCUUCACAAAUGCUGAUGAAUUACUUCCUUGUAACCAUUCUGCAGUGGUGAGUAAAGCCUUUGGUGGUAGCCAUGGUAUGGCUCACUGAAAGCCCAACUGCUGCUUUUAGUGAUCCAAGGAAAAGCAAAGAAAGGGACUUAAUUGGUCAGAAGGAAAUAAUGGAGAAAACUCCUCUUUGCCCUUUUGAUGCCUGUUAUUCUCCCUGCAUAUUCUACAUGUGAUCAGGGCUGCUGACUGACUUUGGGGCAAAACAUUCAGAUGGUUUCAUAAAAGCACAUAUUUGGCAGUUUCCAAUAAAGGAGUUAAUAUGGAUCUCGGCCCAGUAAAGCAGUGGUUACAUGGAGUGGGAUGAAUUGAGGUGGUUCAGUUUUUAAUCCUAACUUAAAAUAAGGGCAAAAUGAAUCCUCUGAAUCAGUGGUGACAUUUUUCUGUGGCAGAUUCAAUAAGGAGGCUGUUUGGGGGAAGGAUAUUAAAGGGCUACUGUCAAAUAAGAGAAUCAUCUGAACAGAGGACUGUGAGCCAGGAACAUAUGGGAUCCAUUGCUUGCUAUGGAAGUGAUCUCUUCUGUGGCCUUUAGUAAACCACUUCACCCUUCGUUUUAUAUGUAUAAAUGGGACUAAUUAUCCUAAUACCACAAAGAGCUGCAGACUAAUGAAUGCUUGUAAUGUACUUUGGACUUAAAAAGUUCUAUAUAAAUGAUGAGUGAUAAGGAAUUUAGGCCCAACAUUUUGUUAAAAGGAUAAAAUCUAUAGGAGAAUAGGACACAAGCAAAAUUCAAGGAUUUUGUUGUGUUACUUGCAUUUAAAUAUUCCAUCACUGUGCAGUCAGGAUUCACAGUGAACCCAAACUGAGCAGAAGGUAUGUGAGAACUGGAAAGAGGAACUAACCAGCAAUGAAGUGGAACUGACCAGUCUAAUUUUAUUGUCUAAACAAAGUAUAAUACAAAAAGUAAAGAGCCUAAAAUAUAAAUAAAUUGGAUUUUAAAAAUCCGAUUUCUAUUUUUAGAAGUCUAAAGGUUAAAUAGGAAAAGUAAAAGGUCUUGUUUUUAAAAGGGUUAAUCUUGACAGCGUUCAUGAUGUUGAUGAUAAUACCUAGCACUCUGCAUCCAUAGAUCUCAAAGUGCUUUACUAGGGAGAUCGCUAUUAAUAUUCCCAUUUCACAGAUGGGGAAACUGGCGCACAGGGAAGGAAGUGACUUGCCCGUGAUGGCACAGUAAGCUAGUAGCAGAGCCAGGAAUUGAACUCUCCUGAGUUAAGUCCAGUGCCCUACCCAGUAAGCAAUAUUGCCUGGAAGAAUAGAUUUAAUCACAUGUGGUGAUGCGCUUUAACCUGAUAUUCAGCGGCAGCUCUACAGUGCCUGGGUCUCUUAAUUUUGCAUAAGUAACUGCCUCUC